UGCCCUUGACGCGAGCGGCUUGCUUUGUUUUGAUUCGGAUCGCGCUGGUUUCGCGAUGCCUACGUGAGUUUCGACACCUCAAUUAUUAAUCCUGCGCAGCGGAGACGUCACGCAACCGAGUCAUUAUAUAAAUCGCUGGAAAUGCUGUCGAGCGUCACGAGAGUGGUCGGCCGACUCCUGCCGUCUGCAACUGCAACUGCGUCCAGAGCCAUGGCCACCAAGACGAUCCCUCUGUCCGACGACUUCCUCUUCAGACAGCUGUUCGACCGGGAGAGCUGCACCUACACGUACCUGCUGGCCGACCUGGGCAGCAAAGAGGCCGUUUUGAUCGACCCUGUGCUGGAACUGGCGGAAAGGGAUGCGCAACUCAUCUCGCAACUCGGGCUCAGCCUGAAAUACGCGAUGAACACGCACAUGCACGCCGACCACGUGACGGGCUCGGGAAAGCUGAAGGAGCUGCUUGCCGGCUGUCGGAGCGUCAUUUCCAAGGCGAGCGGCGCGCAGGCCGACGUGCACGUGGGUGACGCCGAGCUCGUCGAGUUCGGACGGCACCAACUCGAGUGCCGCGCCACGCCCGGACACACCAACGGGUGCGUGACGUACGUGUGCAAGGAGCAGGGCGUGGCGUUCACCGGCGACGCGCUGCUCAUCCGAGGCUGCGGCCGCACCGACUUCCAGGAAGGCAGUCCCGCCACCCUCUUCCACUCGGUCCACACCAAAAUCUUCUCGCUGCCAGACGAAUUCAAACUCUACCCGGCACACGACUACAAAGGUCUGACCGUGACGACCGUUGGCGAGGAGAAAAAGUUCAAUGAGCGGCUGACGAAGCCUCUGAAGGAGUUCGUGGACAUCAUGGACAACCUGAACCUGCCGUACCCCAAGAUGAUUGAUAAGGCCGUGCCCGCCAACCGCGUCUGCGGCCUUCAGUUCUGAUAACAACGCACGCAGUAUAUAUCUAUUUUUACGCCUGUUAUCGCAUCAAAUGCGUCUCUUGUUCAAAUUAGGCCACUGAAGUGUGAUUACUCGCACUUAGUUGUGAUAAGCAGUAUCUUGCUUGGUUUCUAAAACCGGGUGGAAAUUUUAAUAAUUGUGAUAGCUUGUCAGUUUUUUUAGAACAAAUAUCAAUUAUUUACAGUUUUAAAAGGUUUUGUCGAGUAUUGCAAUAAAUUUUAAAAAUCUUUAAAGGCCACCUGUACUUUUUCCGCCAUUUUGUCGUGAAAAUCAAUAAAAAUGCCACAAAUCUGGUCUAAAA